AGCAAUAAUAUUACACAAAAUAGUUCAGGGUGAGUGUCGCAGGCUUUACCCUAUCUGUGGAUUGGAUUAAGAUCGAUACCAAAGAGACCAUCGAGAGUAACAUGAUCGCCAGGGUUCUUCACGGCACCAGCGCCCUGCUAAUCGCUAUCAGUCUGUUUGGCUCUGGAUCGCUUGGUGCAAUAUUGCGAAACUGCCAACCAGAAGAUGGAAAAAUACAUGUCCAUGGCGAUACUGUAUACGUCCAGCCAGCAAAUGAUACUUUUACUACUCGAAAUGUCGGGGCUGAGGGAAAACUCUACAAAAAGCCGUUCAUCUUCACAUCACCAUGCGAUGUAUCCUUCAAGGCUAUUUCUCUUCUGUACUUCGGAGCAUGCUCUGUAUCAGUGAGUUAUGGAAGUGAUAACAGAGUUCUUGAAAUACUUCAAUUUCCAGAUCCACCGACAGACACCUGGCAUCGUAGAAACGUGAGCCUGACAAACACUGCUUCCCAAUCGCUUCACGGGUUCAUGAAAAGAAAUAACACCAGAAGGUUCCUGAUCACGAUUUCCAAAGGGAGAUCUAAUUGUCAAUUAGUCGGAGUCGAUCACAAUAAAGGAAGAGGACUGGUCAUCAUUGGACAGGUUAUUCCAACGUCCAUUUCAGCAAGACCUGUCACCAAUACUGCUAUAGCCACAAACCAAGCCUCUACCCAUUCCACACAGAAGACGGUUUCCUCUACAGUACCAACUUCAAUAAUGACCACUCCCUCAGUGGAUUCAAGCAGGACCGAGGGCAUAGCUCCUUCUACAGCGGAGGCCAUCUUACUGGUGGAGUCAACUAGCGGAACGGGCACCUCUAUUCCUCGGACCAAGCUAUCUGCUUCAACAACAAGGAACAUUGAACAACUUGACAGUGACUCGGUUGGAUUUAAUUUAGUUACCAGCAUUGUUAUUCCCUUGGUUUUACUGGCCGUUCUGCUAGGCGUUUUUAUUCUGAUGUUAUUGGUUAGGUCAGGAACCUUUCUCUCCAAGAGCAGUCAUCCGUGGAUUAUUGCUGUUCGUAGAUCAACCAGCCCCAAAAAUAUGCCAGACCCGAUAAAUCAGUUUUACCAGAAUCGCGAUGGUACUAACAGCGUUGACCAGAGUCCUACGGCAGAACUGACAGAUCCCGGCCUGUAUUCGGCUGUUGGACCUGGGUACCGCAAUCCAAACAAACGACCCCAGACACCUCCUGGCAUACCUGCUGCUCGUUAUGACAUUGUUACAGAGAAUGAGUCGUACACGUUCGCGACCUGUAAUGGUGCUGCUCCGACGAGUUAUGUGAAUACGGAAACGAAGCAGAAAGAUGCUGGUGAGCCAUACGCUAGUGUGCAGUCAAUGUUUGACCAACCAACACAGGAAGUCCAGUCAAAUCCGGCAAACAACGAAACACAAGCAGCUAGAUGUGAAAAAUGCUCAGCUCCAACAGUAAGCUACGCAGUUCCUCACAAGCGGAAUUCGACAGAUGUUUGCAGACACUACGAGAAGGCAGAGGAGUGCACGGCUUCUAAGCGUGAUGAAGCACCCAGCACAGCAAAUUCAAUCGAACACAUAUGUCGUGCUACGGAUGUAACAUCACUUAGCGUCUUAUCGAAGUCCGCAAAAUCAGCCGUACAUAACCAGGAUAAGUCUAUCAAUCCAGAUGAUGUGGAGCGCAAACAACGCCGUGGUCUGAGUGACGCAACAACAGUAGUAUGCCGCGAUAACACCACCACCACUACCAGCACCUACCCGCCGUCAUCUCGCUUAUCCCUUCUAGCCACAAACACGUCGACACCGGCCCGGUCAGACAGCCAAAGGUGUGUGUCUCCAUCUCCAGUCCCAAAGCCUCUGCCAUAUCGGGUAUUCAAAGUAUUGAAGGACAGCCAGGGCGAUUACAUGAACCCGCAGGACACAGUCUCCAGUCAAGGGGCUGACCAGGCUGAUACAGACACCGAUCCUAACAUCUAUGCAGAACCAGCCAUCUCCCUGAGCGAUGAUGGAUUGUACAACGCAUCCACCAUUGGCAAAAGAGAUGACGUGGGUGGUAUCAGCAGUGUGCCGGUCGAUCUUCCUGAUCUUUCUGCAAUAUAUGCUGUGCCACAGAAAAACUGUGAAACGUGAAGUAUGUUCGUCUAAUCGUUUUUAAUUCAGUUUCAGAUCACAUUCGCUUGCUUCUCACCAUUUAUUCUCAUUUCCUGGCCAGGAUUGAAAUGAUUGUCGUCCGUGCCGACGACUUCCAAAAUCAAUCACUUGUUGCCACGCUUUGUUUCUAAUUCGAAUUUCGGAAUUACAUCAAGUGAAAUUAUUCACAGAAUCUGCACGAACAUAUCCCUUCCAACCCUAUAACGUUCUAUCGGACUAUCCCUAUCAUCACCGUACCACCCGAUUCUAUCUAUUUUGCAUGUAACGCAGGUGAUAUUUUCUAAUCGAUUACUAAAUAAUCGAUUAAUAAAUUUUACUAUCACAACCCCCCGCUCUGUCUACUCGGACAAUACUGCUAGCCUGUCAGUCGUUUUAAACAAUUAUAAUAACUUCUGAAUGAAGUUGAAGACUUUGUGUUGCCUUAAAUGUUACAAUUCAUACUUGUAUACUUUCAGUGCUGUUGUUGCACCUUCUAGGGUGUGCAGGUGUUAUUAACCCUGACUUUGGUUUUCUGUCACCUGUGUUGCAAUGUCCUUUAGACUUUUGUUCAGCAACUAUUCCUGAAGAGUGUUGCACGACAACUUGUUAGAAUCAUAAAUAUUGUCUUCACUACAUUUCUUCGAUUGUUAUAUUUCUUUUCAGUUCCAUCG